GGUGGAAAGAAUAGAAAAUGCUCGCGAAAGUGAUCCCUGAAACGACGUCGUGGUGAUGAUGAAUUAUUAGAAACAUUUCAGCUUCCAUAAUCCGCGAGGUAAACGACGGUGCCGGUUGGUAGGUGACGCCUCAUUGCACUCAUCGCCAUCGUCACCUUCCUAAAACGACGUCGCACCGAUCACCCCUUUCCCUUCCCCCUCUCUCACAGUCCUAAUUUUCCAAAAAGGAGGGUAAUUUCCUCCCCGAUUGUUUCCCCUCUUUACUUUAACCCCAAUUUCUUUCCGUCAUCGACACAAUUAUCCUUCUGAACCGCCAAUGGCAUCUUCUUCAAACUCAUGGAUGAAGGAAUAUAAUGAAGCACUGAAACUUGCUGAGGAUAUCAGUGGUAUGAUUUCUGAGCAGAGUUCAUUUCCUGCAUCUGGACCAGAAAUCCAGCGUCAUUCAUCUGCUAUAAGGAGGAAGAUUACUAUAUUGGGUACCCGGCUUGAUAGCUUGCAAUCGCUAUUGUCCAAGCUUCCUGGAAAGCAGCCGCCCAUAUCUGACAAGGAGAUGAAUCGUCGCAAGGACAUGCUCGCAAGUUUGAGAUCAAAAGUUAAUCAAAUGGCUUCCACAUUGAACAUGUCAAACUUUUCAAAUAGAGAUAGUUUGCUUGGACCAGAAGGAAAACCAGAUGCUAUGGCCAGAACUGUUGGCCUGGACAACAAUGGACUUGUUGGAUUUCAACGGCAAAUAAUGAAAGAACAAGACGAGGGCCUUGAGCAAUUGGAAGAUACUAUAGCAAGCACAAAACAUAUUGCUUUGGCAGUGAAUGAAGAGCUGACUCUACACACCAGACUCAUCGAUGACUUGGACCAGCAUGUAGAUGUCACAGAUUCUAGGCUUAGGCGGGUGCAGAAGAACUUAGCAAUUUUAAACAAGCGAACCAGGGGUGGUUGUUCCUGCCUGUGCAUGCUUUUAUCAGUGAUUGGUAUAGUGUUUUUGGUUGUUGUCAUUUGGCUAUUGGUCAAAUAUUUGUGAUGACAUAAUGAAUUACCCAACUUGUCAAGCUUCUCCUUUUGUCUUUGUUUCUGACGUGUGCACUGAAGUGUCAUAACCAAGUUUCCCGAUUUCCCUUGCUACUUCCUCAAUGACAUGGAAUUUGUUGAGGUCGUGAAAGGCGUUGUAUUGCAAUUGACAUAUUUAACUGUUUGUAUAUCGUGUGUUUUUCUCUUGUAAAAUAUGAAAGAUUUAUUGCUGUAAUGUUAAUGUGCCCCACUACCGCUUCAUAA